AUGGCGCCCAAAAAGACGUUGAAACAGAUCCUGGAUUCUGAACAUAUUGAAGAUAGCGAUGACGACAGCAAGGUUUUGGACACUAAAAAUGAAAUUUCUGAUGAUGAUGAAUCAAUCGAGGAUGAAGCCCAGAAUAAGGAAUACUGUGUCGAUUGUAAAGACAUGAAAACAGAAAUUUUGUGCAGGGAUUGUGAAGAGCACUUUUGUGUUGUGUGCUUCGAGAUGAUACACCGUACUGGCCGCAGAAAGAAGCAUGAGACUGUGAGAAUUAAACCUGAAGAAACAUCUUUUCCAUCCGCUGAAAAGGAGCAGCAAGAGCUGCAGGAAUCCAAUAAUCAUUCUACCAGUCUUCAAACAGACACACAAGCUCCGCAACCGGUCACAGAAUCCCCAAAUUCUAUCGACCAAAAGAUGUUGUCCAUGCUGGCAAAACAUUCAAAAUUUAUUCCUAUGCGACUUACACCUGAGGAAAGACACCUAUUGCGACUUCUAGAAGCCGCACUCCAGGUUUCAGAAUACACAGACCGUGUGGAUAUCAUUUCUUAUAAAUCCAAAGCCAAGCGAAUUGUUGAACAACUCAAAGAAAUGUGUUCAGUGUUGUGCGGUCUUGUCGUUGCUUCAAACUUGAAGGUUGGUAAAAAACUACUAGAAAUGAAAAACUUCAAUGAUUUCUCCUCAUGGUUUCAGGACGUCUUUGAGAUCGGAAGGCGCUACAAGAUUAUGAAUCCUGAAAAAAUGAGGGACACUUAUGGUAAAUUGUGUUACAUGAUCAUGGACUCGAGAUUACCACAAAUCGAGGAUCAUAUGGAAUUUCACCUCUUCAAGCCUAUCAAAACGGUGCACGACUACCUCAGCUCGAAAUCGGACGAUCAAGGGCAGGCACUAAAGAUUUUUGAGGACAAACUUAUAUUGUAUGCCACUUCUCAAGUUUCCCCCGUCGGGAGGUCUCGACCUGAGAUCAACAGGCUCAUCAAGCAAAAAGAGACUGCUAUUGAGAAACUUGUAGCAAAAUACAGCAGCAAGCAUUUCAGCAAAGAUGACCUUCGCCAGGUCCUUUAUUCGAUCGGAGAUUACAACGCAUACGUCAAUAUGAACCGUCGCCCCGUGAUGAGAAUGCUUGAAAGGCUGGAAGCCUUCAAAGAUCCGGCUAUCGCUUCUCAGUAUUCGAUAGGUAUUCAAUAUGGCAGAAAUGGGUCCCGUUUGACGCAUGAUCACGACCGUCAAAUGCAAUACGUACAGCAAUCGCUGACAUUAUGGUCUUCCAUACAACGAGAAAUGAUACAUCUAUGGUAUAUCGCAGACCAGGAUCUAUACAGCCCACACGAUUACAGACUAGCCUCUACUGGCCAAGGUCUGAAUCGCAUAAAGUCGUGUCCCGCCCUGUAUCGAGAAAUGCAGAAUAUUCUGAGAGAAUGUCGAUCUAAAUGCUCUAGUUGGGUGGGGUCUUCUGUGGUGCACUUGGGGGAUGACGCCGUGCCCAACGCACUUUUUUUCCUCGACAAGUAUAUCCAAAUUCCCAACAUCUUGAUCCCGUUCGAUCAGGCGCUAAUGAAAAUCAACGAUUUGGUCGAAAGUGACUCAGCCAUUCGAGACUACAUCGACAAUGAAUAUGGCUCCGCAGAAGACCUCAAGCUUGUCAUCUUACAAGACGCAUUUGCUCACAUGUUUGAUGGCUCAGGCGCUGACAAUUUUUACAUGAGUGGUUCAUGUAUUGACGGAAGGCUAACUUCAGCAUGGAAUCACACGAACUCUAUUGCGAAAAAGAAUUACUACAAGAUUUUUUUGAUGACAGGAUUCAUCGGAUUCAAUGGUCAUGAAGGUUUCUAG